GUUUUUAAUGUUGGUAUGUGUGAUCCACAACAAUAGUUGGUAUGCAUGGUUGCCAUACAAGUGAAGUUAGUUAUCUUUUACCGUCAGUCUGUUGAACAAUUUUUUAUACGAAAAUGCCAAAUCUGCUUGUGAAGGAAGAAAUAAACGUUUAAUUUGUUAAUGAAGUAAUUUUUUGUGAAAUGAAACAUCGUGAAAGACUGUGAAACAAUUAGUUAAGUGCUUACAUUUGAUAGUGAUGGACAGUUAUGAAAACGCUCCCACCACUGCGCCAUUUUUGUUGUAGUUGUUAUUUUAAAUUGUAUUACUACGUUAUUCAAGUGUUAAUUUGGUGUGUUGUAUUAUUUUAUAUAAACCUUUUAAGUGAUUAAGUAAUAUGAUAUUUGCGUUUAUUGAAAAAAAAGUUUUCAAAAACUGGUUAAACUCCAACCUUCAUAAACAGGGUCAUCCCAGAGUAAACAAAUUUUGGAAAAUUUCUUCAGUUUAGUUUUUCAAAAUGAAUAUUCCUCUACCAGUUAAAAUUAAGACCGAGGAUCCACUAAUUGUGGAUUUAACUGAACAAGAAGAUGUUGUUGGCCAGUGGGAUGCCAAUAUUCAAAAACAAUUUAUCAAGGGCUUUGUUGGGGAUGAAUAUUUGCUUGAUAAACUGAUGAAGGAAUAUAUUAGGUCCUUACGAGAAGAAGCAGUUAAUUUUAAAGACUACUUGGAUGUAAAAGCAAAAUUACUAAGCCAUAUAAAAUAUUUUCAUUUAUAUCAGACAGAGUUAAAUUGCUGUUUUAUUGAAAAAUAUUUGGAAAACAUGGAGGAUAUUUUGAAAGAAUAUUGCGACUUACAAGUAGAAAUAUUAACUGACACAAGAAAAAAACUGGGAAACAAAACUAAAAAACUUUUCAAUCAAAUCGUUAAUGAUGUUUAUAAACAUAUAAUAUAUAUGUUUCAAGUAUAUUUGUUGAAUAAGGAAGAUCACAUACUAAAUGUUUUAAUAAAAGUGAAUAUGAAUCCCUUUCCGAAAGAAUGCAAUCAACUGUGGACAAAGAUUUAUAUUCACUAUUUUAAAAAUAAACCUAUGGAUCUGUCCGACGAGGCUUUUUGCAGAGCUUACAUUAUUUACCAAAGAUGGAAAGAGUUCUAUCCAAAGAAGUUCCAUCGGCUUCUCAAUUCCACGCUGUUUUCACGUUAUGAACGAACAGAGGAUUCGAUUUGCGAAAGUGAAACGCUUAAAAGGAUUCUGAUGCCGAAAAGUGACUCUACAUUGGAUGCAAUAUCACAUAUAUCUGGUCAAGUUUAUUGCAUGUCCAACGAAUAUUUUAAAUACAUUCGUUCAAAUAGAGACAUAGACACAAAUAUAAACCUGACCGACGAUGAAGAUGUCAAUGUUCCGGUUUUGGAUUGCGAUGAGGAAGACGACGUUGAUUUUUUAAAUGAAUACAACAACGUUCUUAUGAACAUGACAACUUUAAAUGACAAGGUGGAUGAGUCUUUGGAAGAUGAUGACGACGUUCAAAUAAUAUCCGUCGCAUUAAAAGAUCCUCCAAAAACCAAUAAAAAGCAGCCAAUCAUCAUUGAUCUUAUUGAUGAUGAUGAUGAUGAUGAAGAUACCCCUGUUGUGGUUCACGAACCCGCAGAAAAUCAAACACUAAUGAUGACAACAAAGUUUCUUGAUUCGAUUGUCAUUCCCGAUAAACCUCGGAAGUCCUAUCGAAAGCGAACAAGAACCAUAUCCGCCGAAAAGGAAUGUUCACAGGAAGUUUCCUGCCCAGUCCCUAGCGUGUCACCUUGCCCCAGUACUUUAUCAUCAUGCACUACUUGCCUGACAAUCACGACUAAAACAAAAGACUAUAGAUCUAGUGCAGCCAAUAAUAAUAAGUUAGUUAGCCCAAAAAGUGCGGGUACAAAUAGUGCUAGUGCGUCAAACGAAACGACAUCUAAAUUAAAUGCUAGUAAUCCAAAUAGCAGUACUUGCGUGUACAAGUACGGGUUAGACACACCUCCCACGCUCGAGGACGAUAAAGAUCACGACCCUUGCACCAGUAAGCGUAUUAAGGAGGGCGAUCGGCGGAGCGAGAUAAUAAAAGAGAAUAAGGACGUAUAUGUUACGUCUUACGUUCACAAAGGACACGGGUAUUAUUUAAAAGAUGAUUGUUUGACAUCAGACACACCUACAUCUGAUGGAGAAGGCAGAUUGUCACCACCAUUGGAGAUGGAACCCGAAGAAAGCAUAGGUUUGGAUGACAGGCAAACGUCUCCCAAAAAGGUAGAGCCAGACAUUCUGCCAAAUACUAAAAAAAAAGAUGACAAUAUGCAUAAUAUGGACUUGGCCAAUAAGGAUUUAUUAGAUGACGAUGAAAAUCAACCAGAUAAUUACAACGACGAGAGCGAGGACGAAUUGUUACGCAGUUUUGACGAAGACGAAGGCAAUUUUACUUCUAAUAUAGACAUUGAUGAGCACGAGUUAAAUAUCAGCCGGCCUGAUAAUAUCAAGGAAAAAUGUUCCUUGUCGUUUUGCAAUGCGGAUUCGGAAGACGUCUGUUUUGAUCAAUAUACAAGUGAUAAUAAACCGAAAAGCAGUACUGUAGAAAAUUGUACUGAAGUUAAUAGAGAAAAAGUGUACACAAGUGAAAUUAAUAGUGCAGUCCCUUUAAAUGGAGCUAAGCAAGUUAAUGUAACAAAUAUACCACCGGAUACUAAUAGGGUUAGUGAAAACGUCAGCAAACAUGUUUCUGAGAACAAUAAUAAAAUAAAAAAUAACCCAACUACAAGUCCUUCCAAUUUAAGGCAUACAACAGAACAGCAAGAAAAUCAGCAAGUUAUUAAAAACACAUGCAUUGAUGAACCUCUGAAUCCAAGAAAUUUAAGUCCAACUAAACCAGAAACAAAAAUAUUGCAUUCGCAAAAAAGUCAGCUUGUCAACCUGCCUACAGCUAGUAUGAGUGAUUUUGAUGAAUUUCAAAAGUCAAUUUGGGAAUCCGGUAUUGUAACAAACAGUUCACCAAGCACUGAGGGUCAAAUGCAUUCAGAUGCAAUGGAUAGCGGCCCGAAUAGUCCAACAGACUUUACAUCCCCAUCUUACGAGUGCCUAGACGCUGAUCACAUAAAAGACGACAUUAGAUUGGAAUUCACGAAAGAAAAAUUCCAACCCAAAAACAACGGUAUCGCAGCAAAGCCUCCAGCAAAACCGCUUCAAAGCGUUUUGAAGAAAAAGGAUGGGCCCAAAAAGAAGAAGAGUUCCGUUAACUUUCACGCGAACGAAAUGGAUCCGAUCUAUUCGCUGCUGUUUGAUCAAAGCAACAUAGAGGAUACAAAAAACAUUACCAUUAAUGGUGAACCUUAUCAGAGAUUACAACUGGAUAGGGCUAUUCUUUACGAGGAAUUUAUCAAGGAAAACAAAAAGGAAAGUGGUCAAAUUAUGAUGAUGUUUAAUUAUGUUGAAGGGGUACUGGAAGUAAAUGAUGGAGAUCAAGCAUAUUCUUGUACCACACCAUUGGAAGUUGAAUCCUUUCAAAAAUCCUUUGCAAACCUCCACUUUACCAAAUCCCAUGAAAAAGAAACCUCCCAGAAUUCCAAUUUAGAAAAUAUUACAAAUAAUUGUCAGGAAAUUAACAAUAUAGAUACUAAACAAUUACCACCUUCAAAUAGUUGUGUAAUUAAUUUAUCUAAUAAAGAUAUUGCUAUAAUGAAAUAUACAGAUUGUGUUAAACCUUUACAAAACGCUGAUAAAACUCGGUUAGUAUCAAACAUUGAAACAACUAAUUCAUGUUUAGAAUUACCUCAAAAUAGUGUUAAUAUAGAAUUGGAAGAAAGUUUUAAACCUGCAGAUGAAUGCUUACCUAAAAAAUUUGCUGAAGAUUUAGCAAACUCUUCAAAUAUGUCAAAUACUAAUAAUUUUAAUAUCAAUUCAGAUUCUAUUUCACAAACUGAUGAGACUGUAAAUGAUAAUCAGUUGGGAUAUACUUCUCAAAAUUUAAUUAAUGAUCCUGAACUUGUUAUACUCCAGGGUGAUUUUAUUCCCACAACAUUAGAGUAUGUAGUUUCUUCAGAUUGUAACGAAACAUCACAAACAAACUUUAUUCCUACAAGUUUAGAAUAUGUCGUUACUGACAAUACGCCCAUUAUUGAUAAAUCUGCACAAGAAUGCAUUCCUGUUAAAAUCAUACCUAAUUUCACUCAGUCUUUACCGGAGAAAAUUUGUGUUUCAAUUGCGCUUGGUAAUGGGGUUAAUAGACCCGUUCAAAUAAUAUCCAAUCCCAUUGUAACUACACAGGAAUCUUAUAUUGAAACGAAUGCUAAAAUUGAACCUUCUACUAGCCAAACAAAUUUAAGUAGUAUGAGCUAUAACAUAAAAAAUUUAGCUAUAUCCAAUGAAAAAGCGUUAUGUAACUCUAAUAUUCAGUUUAUCCAAAGUGAUUCCUAUAAUUCCUCUUAUUCAAUUAGUCCAUUAAAAGGUACUUUGGAAUCAUUGAAAGAAAAUUAUAAUAUCGCAGCCAAAGAGUUUCCGAUUAAUAUUAUGUGCCAAGAAGCUAAUACAACUCUAUCAAAUAUUGUAUCAUUACCCCCAACUGUACAAAGUGUUACACCAGUGCUUAUUGCAUCAGAUUGCAGUACUAAAUAUUCGGAAAGCGAAAUAAUUGCAGAUGUUAUUAAUUUGACAUCCUCUUUCAAAAAGUCUCAUCAUUUUGUUCACAGUCCAGACACUGUACCUACUUCAUUAUAUUCUAAUUCUGAUUAUAAGUACCCUUCUGAAGUAAUAAACUUAAAACAAAGCAUUGUUGAAAACACAUUGGUAACUCAAUCUGUUUCUUCUUAUCAAGCUUUAAUAUGUGAAACGCUUCAAAAUUACGGUAAUUCAAAAGUAGCUCUUCAUUCAAAUGAAGAUUGUAAUUGUUCACAACAAGCCAUUGAAACCUUAUCGGUAGCUCAAGAAAAAAUUUCUAAGGGAGAAACAAUAUAUUCCGAUCCGUCGAUUUUCUGCCAUUCUCCUAUUGCCCCUGCCACCCCCGCAUUAGAUUUUUCCAGCUCUCCUUCACCUCCCAUGCUUCCAAACUCAGAUGAGGUGGUUCAACAUUGUUUACAAGAAACCAACGAAAAAUUUCCAUCAGAAUCAAUUAUACAAUCUGUAGACAGUAGUUCAUAUUUAUCAAAUAAUUCUAAUUUUUAUAAACAUUGUGAUAUUGAUCCAGUAGUUGAUAAUUCUAAUUUAACCAGUUCUAAUACUAUAAUUCAACCAAGUAUAGUACCAGAUUCUUACGAUUUUGAGAAAACUAGUAAAAACGAAGUAUUUAACAAAAUUGAAUUCAAUAAUUCUGAAAAGGAUGAUGAUUUAUCGCUUACAACGCUACCGUUAAAAAAACGAAAGAGGAAGCUCUCCAUGGCAAGUUCUAAAGAAGACGAACCUGAAAUUGAAGAAGAAACGUUGAAUCCUCAGAAAAUAGAAGAAAUUCUGGCUCAAGCAAGAUCGCAACCCAUCUUAAAAGCAAAAAGGAUUGAAGAAGACAAAAAGAUUUGCUAUCCUGCCACUCCAUGGAUGAUGAGUAUCGCUGAGGUUAGAGAAUUAGACGCUCAAGUUAGGGAUUUUGAUACUCAAAGAACCUUUAAAACCCCCGCAGAAAGAAAACAAAUCCCCCCUAUUCCAAGUUACUUGCUAAACCCUGAAAAUUCUCUUAGUCCUGUAUUGGACAGUUCUGAAGUUAUAAAGACAAGCUUUAUUCCGCCCGGUACUUUUGAGCCAGCUGCUAAUAAAAACUCUACUCUUGAUUUAGCAGAUCUUUCAUAUUCGACAAGUUUUUCUUCGGUUCAAAGAUCUAUUUCAGUUAAUACUCCAAUUUACUCAGCAACUGGAAGUAAAAAAAACACUUCAAAGGCCCCUCAAGAAGUCCCUUUAACUGAUUCUAUUUAUCAAAAAAUAGUUAAUCCUAUCAUUGUUAAUAAGACCGAUCUAAAUAAUGCUUCAGAAUACACAAUGUUACAGCAAGCUCAUAAACAAUCCAAACAAUAUCACUCCUACAAUCCACUAGGCGAAAGAAACAACCUACAGUCUAUGAAUCAAAAUCAUUGUGGCCCAAUUGCAUCAACGCAAUAUAACAUUCAUCCGUAUAAUAAUUAUCAACUAAUUAAUAUUCCGCAUAAAUUGCCUCCAGUCGCACUUUUUUCUAACCUCACAUCAUAUGUUUGUCCGCCAUAUGAAGGUACUCAACCUCCUGGAAUGGAAGAAGUUUGUAAAAUGAAGAGCUCAGAAGAACCUAAAAAGAAGACUCGAUCAAGCACAACAAGAAAACGUAGCACUAGAAAAAGAAAAUAAUCAAUUAAUAAUUUUAAUUUAUUAUCAAAACUUUAGUCAUAAACUUAGUAUAUUUGUUAUUUAUUUUGUAAUAUUCAUGGCUGUGACUUUAUUCAAUUUUUAUGUAUUACUUUUUUAAUAUUUAAAAUAUUUAUUUUUCUCAAGAUCUACAAAACGAAGAGAGAAGAUUUGACUGAAGAAAGAAGACAUCAUCACCAUUUUUAAAUUACAUCAUCCUCGAAACAAUUUUAAAACUGGCAGUUUAAAAUUAAUUUCAUAUGCAUUUUUAUUAAUUAAUUUAACUAACCUGAAAUAUUAGUAAACUUUUAUUUAUUGCAUUUAUUUACAUAUUUUUAUAUCUUUAUUGAAAAGUAUUAUAAAUGGUGUCACUUUACAAAAAUAUCACUGUCUACUUUAAAAGUGUCUACUCAAUAUUAAUUAAUUUCCUGGUUUAAGGUUCCUAUAAGUAUGGACAAGUAAAGGAUAAUGACGGUAAAAGGAAGAGAAAUAUGGGAGGAAAUUCCAGUAGAAGAGACUAUGAAGAAGAUAUUUCAAAACCAAAAAGAAAACCUAGAGGUAAAAGAAAAACAAUAUUAUCAGGAUAAGUGAAUAUUAGAACUAUGUUGUUUAUAUACUGCGUUAGACUAAUUAGUGGUGCAAUUACUAUAAACACUCUAAAAGAGUUAUGGUGUACCUCCGCUGCAAAAGCAAAAUUUUAUCUGUGAUUUUUAAAUUAGUUAAAUAUGUAAAGGACAGUGAUGUUUCCCUUGUAAAUAUUUUAUAUUAAGUAAAAGCUUGUAAAUUGUAUAACGUAAAGUACAAAUAGAUUAUAAUAGUUUUUCAAAUCGUUUUCUAUUUGUAAGUUCUCAUCACAUUGAUUGUAAUUAUUUUGAAACCUUAUAUUUGUUAAAAUAAAUAUAUCGCAUGAUUAUAUUUGUUUUUUCAACACAUCUAAAUAAAUUUAUUAUUUUUUUAUUAA